AUGGCCAAUGAGCAAACACAAGAGAGCGAAUGUGCUUUCAGCAACGAUAAAUUAAAAGAGCAGGGUCAUCCACAUGAGAAGUCAGCAAAUAAAGAGAACGCUUCUGGCAAUGACCAACAGUGUACUAGCUCUGACAUCGUAGUUGAUAUGAUUGCAGCGGGAUCUAACUCAAAGGACAGUAUUGCUAUCUGGUUUAAAACAAGUUUUGGUUUGAUUGGAGCCCAUGGAAGUAUCAGGAAAGAAUUGUUUAUUAGCGCAGUCAAGCAAAUCGGG